CAAACACACACACACACACAUACACGUGCCACUCUGUCUCUAGCAGCUCUCCACUCAUCUGCUCUCUCCUCCUCCUUCUCCUCACUCACCAUGGAGUCACAUCACUAAAGAGUGGAUUAUCCCCUGUUUUUCCUCUUCUCUCCUCUUCACUUGAUUCGGUGUGUUUGGGUGUCUGUUUCAAGGUGGGAAUGCUCGUGUCAGCGACAGCGCUGUUGGGGGCUACGCUGGGAACCGUGUCUGGACUGUUGACGCUGUGUGGUCUCUCGCUGCUGUGCAAGAGCUGCAAAAAGGGGAAACUUGAAAGAGGGGACGAGGCAGACCCAGAGAAAGCCAAACCCAGUAUCCUGCAUACUCUGACACAGUUCAGUGUGCAGAAGUCCACAAAGCCCAUCCAGCCUCAAGCAUCUUUGAAGUUUCCUGAAAUCUACUGCCCCAAACCUUGUGUCACUUCUCAAGAGGUAAUAAACUACAAAGAACAUGGAGCUGCCAAUGACACGUCUGCUGCCGCGCUCGACACCUGUAACCAGGCAACCGAUCGCGAGGACGUCUUCUCCCUCCCACGGCAGGCUUCCGCAGAUGAAACGCCCUGCACAUCUGAGCAAACUGGUGCCAUGACGAAAAGUAGCUCUAUCCUAUAUCCUAAACUACAUUUCUCCAUCAGCCUGCACAAAGAAAAUGGAGAGCUACACAUCAGCAUUGUAGAAGCGGAGAAUAUAUCAGUGGAGGCUGGAUGUGAGGGAUAUAUAUCAGGGUGUGUGAGCGUCUCUGAAGAGCAGAGGCAUGCUCAGACAGCCGUCCACAAGCUAGCCGCACAUGUGCAGUGGGGAGAGGAGCUGGUGUUUGCUCUCCCCGUGGAGGGCACAGAAGACACAGACAGUCUAGAUGGAGAAGUGGCCUUCUCACUUCACUGCUGUGAUCGAUUCUCCCAUAAUUCCACUCUGGGCACGAUGCGCUUUAAGCUGGCUGAUAUAAGCAUGAUGCUGGAUGCUGAUUGCUGGGUUGACUUACAGCCACCUAAACAGCAGGAAGUGGCAUCAUCAUCUGGAGAGCUUCUAUUGUCACUCAGUUAUCUGCCAGCAGCCAAUAGACUUGGGGUGGUGGUAAUGAAGGCAAGAGGACUACAGUCAGACAAACUGAAAGAUAACAUAGAUCUAUCGGUAAAGCUGACCUUGAAACAUCUAAAUGCCAAGCUGAAGAAGAAGCAGACGCGGCGAGUGAAGCACAAGAUGAAUCCGGUCUGGAACGAGAUGAUGAUGUUGGAGCUGCCCAGUGAGUUACUGGCUAAAUCCAGCGUUGAAUUGGAGGUACUGAACCUGGCCAACAAUAAAGAACCUAACUAG